GCCGGAGGGGAGGAAGUUGGCCUCGGAACGGCCUCCAGCGUGGGGGUCGGUUGCGGGGAGGCAGCGGCGGCCGCUUCCAGCACCCGCGGGCGGCGCGAUGGGAGACGAGAUGGACGCCAUGAUCCCCGAGCGGGAGAUGAAGGACUUUCAGUUUCGAGCUCUGAAGAAAGUGAGGAUCUUCGACUCCCCCGAGGAGCUGCCGCGGGAGCGCUCGAGUCUGCUCGCGGUGUCCAACAAGUACGGGAUGGUCUUUGCUGGCGGGGCCAGCGGGCUGCACAUCUUUCCUACCAAGAAUCUUCUUAUUCAGAAUAAACCUGGAGAUGAUCCCAAUAAAAUAAUUGACCAAGUGCAGAGCUUGCUCGUCCCCAUGAAGUUCCCGAUUCAUCACCUGGCCCUGAGCUGCGACAGCCUCACGCUCUCCGUGUGCAUGAUGUCCAGUGAACUUGGUUCCAUUAUUGCUUUCUUUGAUGUCCGCACGUUCUCGAACGAGACAAAACCGCAGAAGCGCCCCUUUGCCUAUCACAAGCUUCAGAAGGAUGCGGGCGGCAUGGUGCUGGAUAUGAAGUGGAACCCCACGGUCCCCUCCAUGGCGGCCGUGUGUCUGGCUGAUGGCAGUAUCGCUGUGCUGCAGGUCACGGACGUCGUCAAAGUGUGUGCGACGCUUCCUUCCACGGUGGCGGUGACCUCCGUGUGUUGGAGCCCCAAAGGCAAGCAGCUGGCAGUGGGGAAGCAGAACGGAACUGUGGUCCAGUACCUUCCUACUCUGCAGGAAAAAAAAGUCAUUCCUUGUCCUCCAUUUUAUGAGGCCGACCAUCCUGUCCGAGUUCUGGACGUGCUGUGGAUCGGCACCUAUGUCUUCACCAUCGUCUACGCCGCUGCCGACGGCACGUUGGAGACGGCUCCGGACGUGGUGAUGGCGCUGCUCCCGAAAAAAGAAGAGAAGCACCCCGAGAUAUUUGUGAACUUCAUGGAGCCGUGCUACGGCAGCUGCACGGAGCGGCAGCACCAUUACUUCCUCAGUUAUGUGGAGGAGUGGGACUUGGUGCUGGCAGCGUCUGCAGCGUCCACAGAAGUUGGUAUCCUAGCUCGACAGAGUGAUCAGAUUAAUUGGGAGUCUUGGCUGCUGGAGGACUCCAGUCGCGCUGAACUGCCCGUGACUGACAGAAGCGACGACUCCCUGCCCGUGGGAGUUGCCGUGGACUACACGAACCAGGUGGAAGUGGCCAUCAAUGAUGAGAAGACGCUCCCUCCUGCUCCAGUUCUCUUGCUGCUUUCUACAGACGGUGUGCUCUGUCCGUUUUACAUGAUCAAUCAGAAUCCUGGGGUCAGGUCCCUCAUCAGGACCCCGGAGCGGCUCUCGCUAGAGGGAGAGCGACAGCCCAAGUCAUCAGGAAGUAUUCCCACCACCCCGACCUCCUCGCCAGCCGCCCAGAAACUGGAUUCUCCGCUGGCCGCAGCUUCCAUCUCUGUGCCUCCCUCGGGGCCUGCUGCCCCCACCUCCACCUUCUCUCUGCCCUCUCUCGGCUUCUCCUUUGGCACUUCCUCCUCGAAGCCGUCUGCGUCGGCAGCUGGGGAGCCCCCGCCAUAUUCCGGCACCUUGAGCACGUCCAAAGCAGCCCUGGGCUCCAGUGCCCCCGCCUUCGCUUUCGCUUCUCCUCCUCCCCACGCCUCCCCCGCUCCCACCCCUGCGGCCUCGCCCGUGGCGCCGGCAGCUCCUCCCUUCCUGGGCUCCUCGGGCUUUAAGCCCACCCUGCAGAGCACACCGGCCGCCAGCUUGCCCCCUGCCAACGUGGGGCUGAAGCCCUCCAGCCUGCCCGCGGCCGCCACGGCCAAGGGCAGCCCGAGCGAAAGCUCCCAGAGCGCACCCCCCAUCCUGCCGCUCUCGUCUGCCUCCAAGCUCACAUCCGGCUUCCUCAGCCACACGCCGCCCGUCUUGCUGCCGCCCAGUUCCGUGUCAUCGAACCCGUCCGCCUCUCCCUCGGUACCAGGGCGAACGACCCUCGGCAGUCUCAGCCCAGUGCCCUCCAUGGCGCAGAAAUCACCCAAGAUAGCCCCAACGGUGACCAAGGCCGGCUCGGCCCAGAUGAAGCCUCUUCAGCCCCCCUCGACAGAGAAGCAGGCGCAUCCGUGGAAAGACUCGGACCCCGUCUUGGCUGGGAUCGGGGAGGAGAUCGCGCACUUCCAGAAGGAGCUGGAAGAACUGAAAGCCCGCACCUCCGAGGCGUGUUUCCAGGUGGGCACCGCCGAGGAGAUGAAGAUGCUGCGGGCAGAGUCUGACGGCCUGGACGCCUUCCUCCUGGAGAUCCGGGACACCACCGAGUCUCUCCACGGGGAUAUAAGCACCCUGAAAACCACUCUGCUGGAGGGAUUUGCCGGUGUCGAAGAGGCCAGGGAGCAAAACGAGCGGAACCGCGACUCCGGGUACCUGCAUCUGCUGUAUAAGAGGCCCCUGGACCCGAAGAGUGAGGCCCAGCUGCAGGAAAUCCGGCGCCUUCAUCAGUAUGUGAAGUUCGCUGUCCAGGAUGUGAAUGACGUUCUAGACUUAGAAUGGGAUCGGCAUCUGGAACAAACCAAAAACCAAAAGCGCCUGCUGGUGCCAGAGCGAGAGACGCUGUUUAACACCCUUGCCAACAACCGCGAGAUCAUCAACCAGCAGCGGAAGAGGCUGAAUCACCUGGUGGACAGUCUCCAGCAGCUCCGACUCUAUAACCAAACCUCCCAGUGGAGCCUUCCCCCGGACGCCCCUCCCCCGAGCUCCACUCGCAGUUUUGACAGUGACCUUGAAAGCCUCCGGAACGCUUUGUUGAAAACCACCAUAGAAUCUCAUUCCAAACCCUUGCCCAGAGUUCCAGCUAAACUGUCCCCGGUGAAACAGGCUCAGCUGAGAAACUUCUUGGCCAAGAGGAAGACCCCGCCUGUGAGAUCCACAGCCCCAGCCAGCCUGUCUCGGUCGGCCUUCUUGUCUCAGAGAUACUUUGAAGACCAGGAUGAGAACAGCUCCACCUCCUCCAUCUCCCAGUCCCUGGACAGCGAAGAUGCGGCCGCGACCUCGUCUCGGCACGUGCCUGUGAGCCGCACGUCCUCCGUCCAGACCACACCCGUCCAGCCCAACAUUGUGAUCCAGACCUCCGCCAUCCCCAAGUCUCAUGCCGUGUUGCUGUCCGACUUAGCGACGGCGUCGGUGUCUCCUAUCAAAGUCGCUCCCCCGGGGGCCGACAGCACCGUGCUCCCCACGAGGACCGUGAAGCACGGCGCCCCCGGGCCCUCGCAGGCCAGCCCGGCCUCCCAGGCCGCCGGGGCGGCAGCGCUGAGACGGCAGCUGGCCAGCCAGGCCCCAGCUGUGAGCACCUUGACGGAGUCGACCCUGAAGAAUGUCCCUCAGGUGGUGAACGUGCAGGAGCUGAGCAGCACUCCGCCCAACUCCGUGGGUUCUCCGGUGCCGUACUCGACAGCCAAAGCAGCUCACCCGGGCUUGACGCCAGGGACGGCGAACCAGGCUAAACAGGGUUCUUUCGUAAACCCCCCGAAGCCGCCUGCACCCACAGCAGCUUCUGGUCAGUGGUCGUCCAGUGAUAACGCUGCAGGGCCAGAGGCAACCAAGAUAGAAACAACUGUGACUUCUCCGUCUGUCGGGCAGUUCAGCAAGGCUUUCUCCUUCUCCUCGUCCGGGACCGGCUUUAAUCUUGGGAAACUCACACCAGCGCCAUCUUCGAAUCUCCUUGGUGCACAAGGUCCGACUGCCUCCACCAAAGAUGCCAGCCCGCUGGACGCCUUCUCCCUGGGCGGGGCAGGCAAGGCUUUCUACGAGAGCACUCCCGACGGCGCGGCCCCCGCGGGGCUCACCUCAGACGCUGCUGCCGCAGCCGCCCCAGGAGAGAUGGCUCCGCCGAUGAGCCGGCCCACGGCUCCUUCCCUGGUGCCCCUCUGCUCUGUGGUCGGCAAGGCAGAGAGCCCGCUGUGCAGGCCGGGCGAGCUGUUCCCCGGCCCUCUCGCCGGGGAGACGCUGGGGAGCUUCUCGGGCCUGCGGGUCGGCCAGGCAGAGGACUCGGCCAAGCCGGCCGGUAAAAUGUCAACCACAAGUCUAGCAAGUGUCCAACCCACCAAGACAUCCGCCGGGCCCGUGGGGUUCAGUUUCACGGGCCCCCCGGUGCCAGAGAAGCCUGCAGAGCCCCCAGCGACUGCUGUGUCCAGCACACCAGCGGCAUCCGCAGCGGCCGCCGGCGCCAGCAUAAGCAGCUCCCCUGCCGGGGUGUUUGGGAGUCUGGCCCCGGUCAGCGCGGGCCCCGCAGGGAUGGUCAGUUUCGGAGGGAUCGCCACAGGUGGCAGCAAGACAGGCUUUGCGUUUGGGAGCCAGCAGGCCAACAGUCCAGCGCCCGCGUCCACGCCGCCGGCAGCCACCACUGCCGCACCCCUGCCCGCUUCCUUCCCCACCUUGUCAUUCAGCGGCCUCCUGAGCUCAGCAGCUGCCCCGUCCCUGCCCGUGGCCUCCGGCAGAACCACAGAAGAGGCCCCGUCCUCGGCACUGCCCGAGAAACCAGGCGCCAGCGAGGUCGUGGCCCCCACAGCCUCGCCCCUAGGGCAGCAGCAGGCCCCGGACAGGAAGGAGCCUGCUCUCGCGCCCCCGCUGGACGGCAGCCCCCGGGCGCCCAGCCCCAGCCUCGCGGCACCCACUGCCGAGGCCCCCGCAGCCACCCCUGGUGUUCCCGACGUCAAGGCAGAGCCAGCCUCUCCUGCCAGCCACUCCGGGCUCGAGCCCCCCGCUCCCGCGGUGACCGCUGUCUCGAGCGCAGGCCCGGCGGCCGCAGAAACAUCCAGCGCCCCCUCCACCUCCACCGCAGCUUCCGCAGCAGCUCCCAGCCCCGCCGCAGAGACCACGGUGUUCGGGACGGUCUCUUCCGGUGCUUCCGUCUUUUCUCAGCCACCCGCCGCCAGUUCCAGCUCAGCUUUCAGCCAGCUCACCUGCAGCACGGCCACGGCCCCCUCGGCGGCCCCCGCCUUUGGACAGGUGGCGGCCAGCACGGCGCCCAGCCUGUUCGGGCCGCAGACGAGCAGCAUCGCCAGCACAGCGACCACCGCGCCCCCGGUCAGUAGCUCGGGCUUCGGCAGCCCCGCCUUCGGCACGGCGGGCACAGGCGUCUUCGGGCAGACCUUCGGGCAGGCCCCGACCUUCGGGCAGGCGACCAGCAGCCCAGCGAGUGGCUUUUCCUUCACCCAGCCAGCAUUCAGCUCCGUGCCAGCCUUCGGCCAGGCCACCACCUCCACGCCGUCCUCGACCAGCGGGAGCGUGUUCGGGGCGGCCUCGAGCACCAGCAGCUCCCUCUCCUUUUCCUUCGGACAGUCUUCCGCCGGCACAGGCGCGGGCCUGUUCGGCCAGAGCAGCGUGCCCGCUUUCGGCCAGAGCCCUGGCUUUGGCCAGGGAGGCUCCGUGUUUGGCAGCUCCUCAGCCACUACCACCACAGCGUCCCCCUCGGGGUUCAGUUUCUGCCAGGCGUCAGGUUUCGGAUCUAGUAAUACAACUUCGCUGUUUGGUCAGGCAGCCAGUCCUGGUGGAACUGGGUCUGGAUUCUUUGGCCAGCCUGCCGCCACCUCGUCUUCCAGCAGCAGCGUGUUUGGGUCCGGGAGCACCGGACGAGGAGGAGGUUUCUUCAGUGGCCUCGGAGGGAAACCCAGCCAGGAAGCAGCCAACAAAAACCCCUUCGGCUCGGCCAGCGGGGCCUUUGGAGCGACAGCCACCUCGAAUCCCUCAAACCUGUUCGGGAACAGUGGCGCCAAGACCUUCGGCAGCUUCGCCAGCUCGUCGUUCGGCGAGCAGAAGCCCGCCGGCACCUUCAGCUCCGGGGGCGGCAGCGUCGCGUCCCAAGGCUUCGGCUUCUCCACGCCCAACAAAACAGGUGGCUUCGGUGCUGCUCCAGUGUUCGGCAGCCCUCCCACUUUCGGGGGGUCCCCUGGGUUUGGAGGGGUGCCGGCAUUCGGUUCAGCCCCAGCCUUUACAAGCCCUCUGGGCUCGACGGGAGGCAAAGUGUUCGGAGAGGGCACGGCGGCCGCCAGCGCGGGAGGAUUCGGGUUUGGCAGCAGCAGCAGCACCGCCUCGUUCGGGACCCUCGCCAGCCAGAACGCCCCGACCUUCGGCUCCCUGUCGCAGCAGACGGCCGGCUUCGGCUCGCAGGGCGGGGCCUUCUCGGGCUUCGGCGCCGGCAGCGGCGGAGGCUUCAGCUUCGGAUCAUCCAGCUCGUCCGUCCAGGGCUUUGGUGGCUGGAGAAGCUGAGAGGGGGUCCCUGUGCCCCUCGGGUUCCUGUGACCAGCCACCGAGUCGGUGUCAGCGCCCCCUCCCGGAGACACGCCGCAGGGACGUCCGCAGAGACCGGGCCGGGGAGGACAGCAGGCCCGGCGCCCCGGACGCACCCCGGGCCAGCGCCCUCCCCUGCAUUAAACUCUGCUGUUUCCGUA